AUGGCUGCUAAUGGGGACGAUAGCGGGUUUCUGGUGGCGACGAGGGCACGUAGAGCAAAUGCAGGGAACCAGCUGAUGAAGCUGCUCGAGAGAGAGCACAACCGAGAGUUGCAGAUGGACGAUGACGAUGGUGACAUCAACCUGCUCUUCGAAGAGGAGGAAGACGACGGGGAAUUCCUGCUGGCUGAUCAGAGACAGCGCGAGAAUGAUGAUCUGUUCAGCGAUUCAGAUGAGGACUCGAGCGAGAGCGGAUCGGGGGACGAAGACGGAGAGCUGGGGCGCCAUGAGCGGAAGAGACGGCACGCGUUGCAGAAACGCAAGCCACCGGUCAUCAAGAAGUCACGGGACGGGAGCGCUGCGAAGCGCUACAAGCCGUCCUACGAGCAGCCGGACGCGAAGUCGCUGCUGGUCGAGACGCGGAGGACCUCAUCACGGACGUCGGUAGUGCGGAACAAGAUGGAAGUGUACGAGAAGCUGGCACAGGCAGAGGUCCGGCGCAAGGAGAUCCAGGAGCGCAUCAAGAAGCAGAAGGAGGCGCAGCUGGAGCCGGAGCUCACGCAGGAAGACCGCCUGCGGAUUGCCGAGGAAACGGAGCGUAUCAACCUGCAGUCGCUCAACAAGUACAAGGAACAGGAGGUCAGCAAGAAGCAGAGUCGUCUCGCGAUACAACAGCGGCAGAAGAUGAAGUUCAAGGCCGGCGAGACGAUUCUCACGUGGCUGACCACGCAGUGGAGCGUGACGCCCAUGAUGGAGGUAUAUGAUCGCGAGUACUGGGAGCAGAUGGUCAGCAAAAGGCAGAAGAGAAAGCGGAAGUACGUGCGCAGGAAGAAAGAAAAGCCGCUCAGCGACAAGGAGAAACCCGUGGAUAGCACGCUGGCAAUGCAGGAGCAGACACCAAAUCCCACCGCGGAAGAGCCUGCCUCAGAGAGGGAUGGCAAGGUUGCAACGAAUGUUCCGACCACGAUAGCGGCGAAGAAUAACCCGACAGGCGCGGAUAAAGUUACUAGCUCAGAUGAUCUUGAUACUCCCGCGCUGGUGACGGAUAGCGCACCACUUCCAGCAGAAAACACUGCUUUGCAGCUCACGGAUUCAGAACCACCCAGGUCAACAGGGGCCGAGGCCAUAAGCAGGCCACAGUCCAGCUCACCGAUGCUAUUUGAAAACUCAAUGGCUAGGCAUAUUUCGUUUGUGGAGAAGGAUGAGGUUGCCAUUAUACACGUCGACGAUCCGCCGUCUAAUAUCAGCACGUCCCGCGAUCAAUCACACGAACUCGACACUCCUGCUAUGGACGGUGACUAUAAGAAAUUUGAUGAAGGCAGUGGAUCUGCGAGCCAAGGCCACUCACCCAAUGCUGAAGCUUCGUAUACAGAGCUUUCAAAUGGGUCUUUAGAUAAUGAGUUUGACGAGUCAGACGCAGCGCAGUCAGGCGAUAGCCAGAAGAAAGAUUGGGUGCCGCCCGAAGAUGUUGAAACUGAAGAAGAUGUGGUUUACGAGGGUCCUGAUCAACUAGUUGGCAAGAACUUUCUACUUUUCACUGUCUUCCCCGAUGAGCCUUACAACAUUGCAAGCAUUAAUGAACUUAAAGCCCCGCUAUUCGGUGACCAGUGGGCCAAGCCCCUUCACAGCAGAGCGUACAACGUUGAAUCAUACGCAAAAAUAUCAUGGGAAUCACAUCCACAUAAAAAGGAAGAACCGACGCUGAUUCCUGAUCUGAGCAUACUAGACAAAUUCCCUGAGUUUGGUGAAUAUGAUAAGAAGCUAUCAAAGGACGUAACUGUUACGACAAACAAAGAAAUGAAGGUUGAUAUUCGCACUGAAGCGCCCAGUGGUGUCUUUUUGCCUAACGGCAUAAGGAAAAGGUGUUUAAUUACGAAUAAAGAUUCGCAAUACUUCGAUCCUAAGAACGGAGUGCCAUACGCCGACGUAGAGGCCAUUAAGACUAUACAGGAUCUUCAAGAUGCCAUUGGAGAGGGUACAAAAGACGAUCCCCGCCCUCGCUAUAAAUGGUUCGGAUAUGGUCGCGGAGGCAUAUACCUGGAUGUACAACAGCGGCCUGCAAAGGGAGUUCCGGACGGUUUCUCUUAG